AUUUAAUAACUAAUGUUGAUUUGGUGAAUUAAACACUUCUAGCUGAUUUUUCAUAUAUUUCAAUGAUGUACAUUUUGAUGUGUGACUUCUACUGUGCACAAAUGCUAUGAUGCUAAUCACACAAACACAAGACAUCACCAAGGGGCAUGCAUGAUGAAAUGACAAGCCUUAGUUAGUUCACUUUCUUUCUAAGAUAUAAUCAAGUUUUGUUCAACAUAAUUUCUGACCCUUAACAUUUUCAGAUGGUACCUUCCUCCGACAAGAGGCCUGCUGCAUCCCCAAGUGGAGAAAGUGGACAACACACAACUACAGCAGCGGAUGCAAGUUCUUCUCCUGAAUUUGCUGGUGAAAACAUUAAUGGUACUCAUUCUUCGGCUCUUGUGGAAGAAAACAACAGUACUGCUCAAGAACCUGCAGCAGCUAAAACCACACGAGCCAGUAAUCAAAAUCUAAGCUUUGGGGAACCUUUCUAUGGCGAAAAUUCAACGCCAUGCCUUGCCAGUGAUAGACAUGAUCAGACCAAUGACAAGGGAAAGAAAGUGCAUCAAACAAUCCCAGCAAUAGUCUUAGACCAAAGCCCCAAUGCUGAACUUGGCUGUUCUGAUGCUCCUGCCUCAGGUUCAAGGCCAUCUUCUUUGCACUUAGAAGGUGCAAACACCUCUUGUUGGUCUAAUCCAAAGAACUCUUUGUCUUCUGGUUUGGAUUUGAACCUUGCCCCAGAUGAGCAAGGUGGAGAUUUACAAUGCUUAAUGAGUACAAAUAUGAACCAACCACCACAGCAUAGUAAUACAGUACUCCCUUUUGGUUACUCUGACUUGCAAAGGGGUGUUGGCUUGCUGAACCCUAUGGGUCCAUUCCCUAUGCAGCAGCCAAAUUUACUCUCUGCUGAGUUGUUGGUGCCUUCUGGAGGCAGAUUUAUUAUGGAGGGGAGGAGGAUGAGAAAUCUCGAUCUUAACCAGCCACCACCACAAGAGGCACAAAAUGAAGUUGAGAAUCAUAAUCUAAGAGAUUAAUGAUGAUGAACAACAGCUAGACUUGUGGAUUUUACCAAAAAAAAAUUUAACUCUUUAAAUUUGCUUACUUAAAUUGUUGUUAGACUUAAGAUGGUUUGAGUUGGAACUCUUCUGUUUGGUUAGUCAAAAAUAGUAAAUGUUUUGUGUUUUCG